AUGAAUUUUAUUUAAUUGGGUAAACUAAAAAAUCAGUUGGCUAAUUCUAAAUCAAAUAUUCCAAAAAUCUAAUAAAGAAGAUACUCCAGAGUUAAUUCCAUUGAAUAGUUAAUUUCUUAUCAAAAUUAUCAAAAAGAAAAUUUGGAGUAGAUUGAUAAAUAUCCAUUUAAAAAAAUUACACAGGAUCAAUCUUCUCAAAUUGAUAAACCUGAAUAAAAAGAGAGAUCCCAAUCUCUUACUCAUAUUCAAUAACAAUACUAAAUUAAUUCUCACAGACUUAUCAAUUAAUAAAAAAUUACAAAAACAACAAAUAAUAUAGAAAUCAACUAUUCUAAAUAAGGAAUCUAACUCUUACAAAUUCACCAAAAAAGGUAGAAUUUGAAUGAAGCUUUAAAUUCCAUACUUUAAUAAAAAAUUAACAAUUUAAAUGCUCGUAAUUUUAGAUCUAAUUCAAAUCUACCUGCACUAAAUUCUUAAUAAGGGAAACUAUCUGACUAAUCCAAAAUAAAUCAAUUCAGAAAAUUAAAGUAGUAUGAUUUUGAAUCUCAACUCCCAGAAGGUCCCCAGCUAAGCUUCAGAUAAUUCGCCAAAAUGUAAGGGUUGAAACUACCCUAAUUUUUAGAAUGA